CAGGCUGUGCUCUUGGCUGACAUCCUGCCCACUCUGCUCAUCAAAUUCAGUGCCCCCUUCUACAUCCACCGAGUGCCCUAUGGCCCGCGGGUGGCACUCUGCAUCCUUUGUGCCUGGGGCAGUUUCCUGCUGGUCGCCUUCUCCACCACCGUGGCCACGAGCAUCGGGGGGGUGGUCCUGGCCAGCGUCUCGUCGGGGCUGGGGGAGAUCAGCUUCCUGGCGCUCACGGCUUUCUACCCCAGCGAGGUGGUGUCGUGCUGGUCGUCGGGCACGGGGGGCGCCGGCCUGCUGGGGGCGCUGUCGUACCUGGGGCUGACGCAGGCCGGCCUCAGCCCCCGUCACACCCUACUGCUCAUGCUCAGCCUGCCCCUGGCCAUGCUGCUCAGCUAUUAUUUCCUGCUGGUGCCCCCCCCCGCGGUGCCGCAGUGGCGCUGGAGUGACUCCGCUGUCCUGCACGACCCCCUGCCCACCGCCCGCCAGCCCCUCAUGGGGGGGACCCCGGCAAAGCAGGGUGGCGGGGGCGCAGAGCUGACGCUGCAGGCCAAGGGGCGUAUUGUGAAGGGUCUCCUGAAAUACCUGCUGCCCCUGGCACUCGUCUACUUCGCUGAGUAUUUCAUCAACCAGGGCCUG